AUGAAGCAGAGGUCAGAACUGUCCGACGAGAUGAAACCUGAGGAUGAGGAGCCCGACUCCGUCACCCUCAGCAACCUUUCGAAGAUCGUGCUCCCCCCGCUUGGGGCCUCUAGUUACGACCUCGCCCAGCCUAAUGCUGGAGGAAAGACCAUCUCCCCCAUGGACUCCAGAUACAGGUUCCUCCCCUCUCUCUCUCUCUCAUCCUUACCUUCAAGAUAUAGAAUAGUUUGCAGUGGAGUCGGCUGCAGAGCUUCACCAAAGCUUGUGAAACCACCAUUUCUCGCUCUUGGGUCGUUGUUCGGUGGUGAGACUGGCGCAGUGACCGCCGUAAAUUUGAGCAGACAGAUCUGACGACCCACCAGGAGAGAUCUCCCGACCCUCUCGGUUCCCGAUGCCCAAACGCUGCGGAGGAGAAAAAUAUCCUGGGAUGGGGGUGUUCUUGUUCAUGCAUCUUCGGAAUACUAACUCUCGACUCUAUGUGUGGCUGUGGCUCAACCUGAUCCGCGGGACAGGUGCUGGGAGACGUUUAUGGUGCUCCUCGUGGCGUACUCCGCUUGGGUUUACCCCUUCAAGGUCGCCUUCAUGGGUGCUUCAGCCCAACAGGGUGGGCUCUACAUCGCCGAUAAUGUCGUCGCCUUCUUCUUCGCCGUCGACAUGGGGCUCACCUUCUUCGUGGCCUACAUCGACCGGAGGACGCACCUUCUCAUCGUGGACCGGAAGAAGAUCGCAGUCAGGUCCAACCUCUUCUCCUACUGGUCUCGUUGCUCUCAACCUGGAACAAUCCUGGUGGACCUUAAAGAACCUCGGAGUCCCACCUCAUCGGGCGGACUGGCCCCUUCACGUAAACUAUCGCGGCCAGUGGACAGUAUCUAAAGAACUGGCGCGAUCUAUAAAGGAUCCGAAUCUGUUCUUAAAUUAAACGUGCCGACAUGGAUAUCAUAUCUCGGGGAUGGUGAUAAUAGGCCAGGACGAGCUUGGCCACGUAUCCCGAAGUCAACCCGGAUCUUGGCAACUCGGCCCAAGUACAGGGAUUUUGGGUAAAGCCCCAUGGAGCUAG